CUCUCGCACGCACGCGCGCGCUCCGCUCGUGUGGUGGUGGAGCAGAAGGAGGCGCGAGCGCGAGUUCAGCAGUGAGGCGGGAAACAGCGGCGGCAGCAGCAGCAGGACGAGCGGAGCUCUCAUAACUUCAUCAUGGAUGGAUUAAGGGCAGCGUGCUGAGUCUCCGUUUGGCUGUUUUUAUUAACCCAGAUGAGUGUGGGGAUGUCGUGGCUGCUGUGGGUGUGGAGCAGUGUGACAGUCAUGCUGCUGUGCGAUGCCACCUUUUACGAGACCAUCCAGCAGCACCUGGCCCCGCCUGGCACCAACAUCCAAAUCCUCGAAGGAGGGACAUGUGAAGUGAUCGCUGCGCACAGAUGCUGCAACAAAAACAAGAUUGAAGAGCGAUCCCAGACCGUCAAGUGUUCCUGUUUACCGGGGAAAGUGGCUGGAACAACAAGAAAUAAGCCCUCCUGUGUGGACGCCUCUAUAGUAAUUGGGAAGUGGUGGUGUGAGAUGGAGCCGUGUCUGGAGGGAGAGGAGUGCAAGACUCUGCCAGACAACUCCGGCUGGAUGUGCUACUCCGGGAACAAGAUCAAAACCACCAGGAACACUCAUCCAUAUACAGCCUUGUAGCAAUGGGUUCAGUGCAGUGCAAAACUUAAUAACAAAGGAUACAAGAAGAUGAAAUGGUGAAAUAGCAUUCCCUGACGCUCGAGAGCUGAUGAACUUUGACCUGCCGUUCCCGUAGAGUCUGCUGUCUCAGUGUUCGACUCUCUACUCAAUAACGUGUUCUAUCGGCAGGCUGAGGAACUCUAUUUGGUCUGCGGACACCGUUUCUUUUUCUUUUGUGAAUCUUCUUUCAUUGUUUCGGCUCAUUCGAACAUCUCGGUUUGUGCAGUAAAAUCCUUGGCGAUCUGAGACCCUCUGUGUUGUCGAGUUCCUGUGAAGCAGCUUUCAUUUGCCCAAGUUGUCAACGAUUCGCCCAUGACUUCCCUGGAUGGUCCCGGUUUCUGGAAGUGGCUGACCUGUCAAUCAAACUCCCCUGCAGUGGUUUAGAGAGUGGGCUGCUCUGUGUUUAUGGAGGGAAGAAGACAUUUCAAAAGAAUGCACCCAUCUUCAGACAUCAUCAUGGAGGAGCAGAAAAUGGAUAAUUAAGACCAGAUGUAACCUGUAGCCGUUUCCAUAAGCGUAUCUUUCAUAAUUGUUUAACGUUCAGACAUCUGAAGACACUGUGUGUGUGAGAGAUACCCAGAUAAAAAAUGUGUGAAAGACAAAAAAAAAAAUCAUAGCAGAGGAAAAUGAUGUUGCGUUUCUGGUAAAUUGUCUCCCUAAUUACAGUGAAAAACGGUUUGAUGGACAGAAAAGAAAAAACAAUGAAAGUAGAAGUGUUUAAAACAAUGAAUGCUUUUUUUUUUCCUCCCCAUUGUUCACUGUCCGUUCAACGCUGUUAAAAGUCGUCGUCCAUAGUCUGAUGAUUAGACUGUUUCUGGGGCUCAUUAACCUAAUGAUACAUUGAUAGAGCAUCAUACAGACCACACCCGUGGAAGCCUGGGGACUUAUUAUCAGAACCGACGAAGCCUGAUAGCAAUCUGCUGCUGCAUGCAGAUAUAAAAUAUCAUGACAUUUAAAUAUUCUGAAUCAAAUUUACACUCAGCUGUCUACUACCUUGCCCUCAUUAAACAGCUGUUGAAAUGUGAAAUGUUAAAACGUCUUCGUUUGGCUCAGUGGUGGGUGGAGUUCUAAACGCUGACGGUAUGAGAAGAAGCUACUUCUGAACAUAAUAAUACUGUUUAAUAUUUCAUAUUUCAUAAACACAUACACUUUAUACAAUCAACUUCAAAAAAGAGAUGCACUCAGAAGGAAUUAACCGACUUUAGUGAUGAGUCCCAGUUGUGUCUCGGUGUCUGUGGUCAGCGCCAAGAUCAACAGUUUGUCACAGAUCACAUGAUCAGAAAGCCUGGAGUCAUGGUGUGGCGUGGGGUGCGGUUUUUAUACAACGCCAGAUCACCUUUAGUCUUUAUUGCAGGCACUUUAACAGCCUUAUACUACAUUAAAGAAGUCCUGCAUCGCAAAUAUAGCGCUUUUCCUUCAAAAUAAGCUUCUUCCAACUCUGGUUCUUGAACCAAUUCCGUUCAGGCUUAUAAGAACUUUUCAGCCAAUCAGCCUGCCUUUUUACCAGUUCUAGAGGAACUGUCAAAAUGUCACAUGACCACAGCGAACAGAGUUUGCGCUAAAGAACCUAGUAUUCUUCAGUACCUGCUGUGAAUAAACAUUCCUGGUUUUGGAACCUACAUUUGUUGUUGGAAAUUAGGUUUGCGAACCAGAACAGUGUCGGUUCCAAGUCGGUGGAAAAGCGCUAUUACUGCCCCUAUCUUUUCUAAACGCACACUGGUGCGCUAUUCCAACAGGACAAUGCUUGUCCACAUACUGCUUCUGUCUCAAGAGCUUGCAUUAAAAAGAAAGAUACUACAGCUCUGAAAAAAAAUAAGAGACCACUUAAAAUGAUGAGUUUCUUUGUUUUUACCAAAUUAAAAACCUUUGGAAAAUAAUCCAGAGAAAGAUGGAUGAUCACAAGCCAUCAAACCAAGAUGAACUGCUUGAAUUGUUGCACCAGGAGUGGAAUAAAGUGAUCCAAAAGCAGUGUUUAAGACUAGUGGAGGAGAACAUGCCAAGAUCCAUGAAAAUUGUGAUUAAAAACCAGGGUUAUUCCACCAAAUAUUGAUUUCUGAACUCUUAAAACUUUAUAAUUUUGCAUUAUUUGAAGUCUAAAAGCUCUGCAUCUUUUUUGUUAUUUCAGCCAUUUCUUAUUUUCUGCAUAUACAUGCUCUGAAUGACAAUAUUUUAAUUUGGAGAAAUGUUGUUUGUAGUUUAUAGAAUAAAACAAUAAUGUUCAUUUUAUUUAAACAUAUACCUAUAAAUAGCAAAAUCAGAGAAACUGAUUUAGAAACUGAAGUCUCUUAUUUUUUUUCUCCAGAGCUGUAGGUCAUUGCCUGUCGCAUCUCCAAACGCAUAUGGCUCAUUAACUCUCUACUCCUCAAGCAAAAUCUGCUGCAGGAACUGUUUGAGAAUAUUUAAAAUGCAUGGAAUGGAAUAUCACAGGACACCAUUAGGAACCUCUACAACUCCAUGCUCCAUCUGCCAUGUUGCGUUAUACAGGUUACACAAAUCAUUUAAUGCAUUGCAAUCUGACACUUCUGACCUUCUGGGUGCAACUCUUUUCUCUUUUUGCAAUUUUUUUCUUGUUGAUGAUGAUGAUGAUGAUGAGUGCAUCUUACCACAUUUGGGGAAAACGUAAUAGGGACUGUGGUGGUGAAGCUUGUGGUGGUGAUGAAUGGUAUUAUAAAAUGGAAAUAAAAUGGUAUUAAAUGGUCA